UUUGUCGGUGGGUUUGCCAUCCUGUACUUGCUCGGUGUCUCUGAUACAACAGCCAUUGAGAUAGCUGUGCGCUGCUGUGUUUCCUAUGGAAAGUCCAUAACACUUAAGUUUGUCCCCCGCCGUUCCCAAAUUGCAUCUUCCCUUAUCCUUAUCACUCACUCGACCUCUACGUCCACCAUCUGCUAUCUUAGCUGAUAUAUUUGACUCUACAUCUUGAGUCUAUCAGCUUUCGGUCACACUCAUCAUUGAUCAGUUCAUAAAUGUUGGGCGACCUUCCUUCUAAGUCGAAAGGAGUUCAAAGGGCACUCCUUAUUAGUGUGGCAAAAGUAGCCGGUUUCGACACCCUCCCUCACGCAGACAGAGAUGUAGAGAGGAUGAGAGACUUCCUUGUGAAGUUUCGUGGCUACCAACCGAAAAACAUUGUCAUUAUGAUGCACCGUAAUAGUGUUUUGCCAGAGUUAUAUCCCAGCAGAGCGAACAUAUUGCGCGAGAUUGACGAUAUGGUUAAACUUACAUCUCAACAAGACCAGAUGUUCUUCUACUACACUGGUCAUGGCGCUCAGGUGACUUGCAGACACAACUCUGAACCCGACAAUAAGGAUGAAGCUAUCCUCACAUACACGGGAAAGCGUAUCAUUGAUAAUGUUUUGAAAGAACGCCUCGUUGAUCCAUUACCUCCAGGCGCCAAGCUUUUCGCGCUUUGGGAUUGUUGCCAUUCUCACACAGUGUUAGAUUUGGCGCAUUCAAACUGCAACGGGUUGUGGCGGAAACCCCUCAAAGUCCUGACAGGUGAGAGCCACGUUUUGAUCGUGGCUCCGAGUCGAUAUUUAUGAUCUCAGGUUUGGCAAGGAAAACCAAAAGCCUUGGUGUGUAUUUCGUUGUUUUGUUCGUCAUUACUUGAAUGUUCGCUACACAGGCAAGAGGCUCAGUGCCAACAUCUUGAAAGAUGGCUGCGAGGGA